AUGCAGAAAGAGCUUCGUGGGAAGCUCUUGGAAGACACUGUGGAAAUAUCUAGGAAGAAUGAGUAUGAUCUUCUGGUAAUUGGUGGAGGGUCUGGAGGCCUUGCCUGUGCAAAAGAAGCUGCUCAGUUUGGAAGGAAGGUGGCUGUUUUGGAUUGUGUGGAACCUUCUCCACAAGGAACCAAAUGGGGACUCGGUGGAACUUGUGUGAAUGUUGGCUGCAUUCCUAAAAAGCUUAUGCAUCAAGCAGCCCUUUUAGGGGGUGCCCUUAAAGAUGCCCAACACUAUGGCUGGAACAUAGCCCAACCUGUUCAUCAUACUUGGUCUGUGAUGGCACAGGCUGUUCAGAAUUAUGUGAAAUCCUUGAACUGGGGACACAGAGUGCAACUACAAGACAAGAAGGUGAAGUAUUUCAACAUGAAAGGGAGUUUUUCUGAUCCACAUACAAUUCGUGGUUUAACAAAAGCAGGUAAAGAGACUUUUGUUACUGCAGAAAAUAUUGUCAUUGCUACUGGAGGAAGACCAAAAUAUCCUAUACACGUUGCAGGUGCACUGGAGUAUGGAAUCACAAGUGAUGAUCUAUUCUGGUUAAAAGAAUCUCCUGGGAAAACGUUGGUUGUUGGAGCCAGCUAUGUUUCACUUGAGUGUGCUGGUUUUCUAACAGGCAUUGGAUUGGACACUACAGUCAUGAUGAGAAGUAUCCCACUUCGUGGGUUUGAUCAGCAAAUGGCAUCUUUAGUAACUGAGCACAUGGAAUCUUAUGGCACAAAAUUUUUAAAGAGAUGUUUCCCAACCAAAGUUGAAAAAUUGGAGGGCAACAGAUUGCAUGUCACCUGGAAAAAUACUGACCUAGGCACAGAAGAAACAGAUUCCUUUGACACAGUGAUGUGGGCAGUAGGCCGAGCCCCUGAUACUGAAACUCUCAAUUUGGAGACAGUUGGAGUGAAAACUAAUUCUGAAACUGGAAAGAUCGUUGUUGAUGCCCGUGAAGCUACUUCUGUUCCUCACAUUUAUGCAAUUGGAGACAUAACAGAGGGCCGUCCUGAAUUAACACCCACAGCAAUAGCUGCUGGAAAACUGCUGGCUCGGCGUCUUUUUGGCCAGUCUUCAGAAUUGAUGGACUAUGACAAUGUGCCUACUACAGUUUUCACUCCCUUGGAAUAUGGUUGUGUUGGACUGUCGGAAGAAGCAGCUGUGCGAUGUUAUGGAUCAGAUAAUGUUGAGGUAUACCAUGCAUAUUAUAAACCUUUAGAGUUUACAGUGGCUGAAAGAGAUGCAACUCAAUGCUAUAUAAAAAUGGUGUGCUUACGAGAGAGCGAGCAACGAAUACUUGGCCUUCAUUUCAUUGGACCAAAUGCAGGCGAAGUUAUUCAAGGAUUUGCUCUUGGAAUCAAAUGUGGUGCUACGUAUCCUCAACUAAUGAAGACAAUUGGCAUUCACCCUACCUGUGCUGAAGAAAUUACCAAGUUGCACAUUACAAAACGUUCUGGCUUGGAUGCAACAGUCACAGGCUGCUGA